AAAAAAAUUCUUGAAAGAUGCCUAGCUGUUGUUGCAUUCCAAAAUGCAAAAAUACCACAAAAGAUGGUUUUCAUUUAUUUAGGUUUCCGUUAAAUCGUCCGGAUAUUUUAAAAAUGUGGAUUAAUGCCAUUGGAAGAGUCGGUUUUGAACCCAACAAAUAUCAUUUAAUCUGUAGUAAUCACUUAAUCUUAGUGCUCACUUUAUUUUAUGGAACAGAUUUUAUGGAUAGACUUAAUACAAGUGGCGUACGUUUAAAAAAUUUUGCUGUACCUUCGAUAUUUUGUGAAACUUCUGUUCCUACCGUUAAUUCUAUUAGAUCAAUUUUACAUUUACCGCAUAUAAGCAGUAUCAGAAAUUGGAUUUCGGCGAUUAAUGCGGAACCUGGUUUUGACAAAUGUUUUUGA